AAGUAACGAACUUGCAAUAAGCAUAACAAUAUCAACAAUAUAAUGGUACUCGCCCAAGGUCUCUACACGAUAGCGUCUAACAGUGCAUAAUAAGUUAUUAAUAAUAACAAAUAAAUUACCUAAACAAUUGAAAUAAAAAACUAAAAUGAUUAAUUUAUUAUUUAAUAAAUAUUUACAUUAAUACAAGUGAAUACUGCAAUAACUAUUGAGCAAAUUUUAGUUUUUUUCUUUGUUUUGUGCAUCGUCAGGUUAUCAAACUUUGUUUUUCAUUUAUGGUGACUUAUUUUUAUGUUUAUCAUUUUUUUUAAAUUUAAAUUUAAUUAAGUUGACCAACAAUGAAAAAUUAACAAGUGAUUUCAGUGACACAGUUUGAACAUCAAUAAAUAAAAUUUUGUUGCGAAUUUCUAUUUUAAUUUAUCAAGGAACAAACAUUAAAGAUCAAAUAUGUAUUAUAAUCCUCCUCCACGUGAAGCUAGAAAAAUUGCCGAAAAAGAAUUUGCUCGAAAAACGGCAUUUAGAGAUAAAUUUGAAGUGGCAUGGAAUUUCAUAUCUCCAUAUAUUAAAGAGAACCGUGAUAAACUUAAUAAAACAGUUGGUCAAUCAAUGCUCUGGAGAGAAGUUGGUAAACUACUGCAAAAAAUAAAAAUUAUUUGCGCAAAUCAAUUGAAGCAUACACCAAGAGUAUUGCUUUUGCACCAAUUGGAUCCACUGAAUUGUCAUUGGCAUAUGCAAAUCGUUCAGCUGUAUUGUUCAGAGCAAGACUCUAUGAAGAUUGUCUUCUUGACAUUGAACGUUCAUUAAAAACAGGCUUCCUGACUUAAAAAAUAACAAUCCAAAAUACAACAUCACCAAAGAGUAUUCAAAGAUGAUCAAAGAACUUAAAGAACCACGCGAAAUUAUUGAAUUUAUUCCAGAAAUAAAAAAUGAUAAUGCAAUAAUAGUUGGUGCAUCUGAUGCAAUUGAAUUAAAGCAAACAAAUAAAAAUGAUCAACAUAUUGUUGCAACAAGAAACAUCAAAUCUGGUGAAUUUAUUUGGAUUUCUGAGCCAUUUGCAGCAAUUGUUAAUCAUGACCUACGUUUUACAAAUUGUUGGCACUGUUGUCGUUCAACUUGGGCUGGUGUACCAUGUGAUAAUUGUCCAAACAUUAUAUAUUGUUCUGACAUAUGUAAAAAAAAAGCAUGGGAUAGUUAUCAUAAUAUUGAAUGUUUAGUAUUGGGAUCACUUUUACAACAUGUCGGAUUAACUACAGAGUAUAUUUUGCCAGUAAAACUUUUUUCAAAAACACUGAACUUGGCUGGUAGUUUACUUGAAUUAAAAAAAAAAGUUGACGAUAUUGACUCGAUGAAAAAUCGAAAUACAUUUGCCAAUGGUAUUCUUGAUAUUAAUACAAUUGAUAAUUUUCAUCUUUUAGAUUAUCUAAAACCAACAUCAAAUGAUUUCAUUUUUGAGCUAGUAUUAUUUGGGGUAUUGAUGGUUCAACUUUUUGGUGAAAAAACAGAUAUAUUAGGUCAUAAAAUGACAAUUAAAGAUUUGAAUAAAAAUGAAAAAUCAUCAAUUUUAGGUGAAUUAAUAUUGCGUUAUAUACUGACUGUUUAUCGCAAUAGUCAAUUGUUGACAGAACCUGGUACUACUGCUGUGUUGUCACAUGUCAUAUCACCGGUUUGGAAGAUUUUAAAAUCAAGCUGUGAUCCUAAUGUUGAUUGGACUUAUGUUGGUUCAAAUGUUGGAUAUUAUGUUAUCAAACCAAUCAAGCAAGGAGAACCGGUACUUUUGGCGACACUUGGUUCAUAUCAUUUGAUUCCAAAAAUCAAUCGGUUUAUACCAUUGGGAAUCACUGAUCGUAUAUUAUGUAAGUGUAAAGCAUGUGUUGAAAAUUGGCCGACUAUAAACAAUCUUCCAUCUUACCAGAACAUAAUUUUGCCGAAAAAAUCCAAACAAGAAUUGAACCGCAUAAUGCCAAAAUGGGAAGAUUGGCAUGAACGCGUCCACCAUGGAGAUGCUAAAGAAUUAUUGACAAUGAAGGAUACUUUGAAUAGCAUGAAUGAUAAGCUUCAUCAAUACAUCACUGUUCCUUGUUCACAAAUAACGGUAUUAUUUAUGUUUCUCAAAACGUUGUACAAACGACUACAUACCGUUCAUGAUAUUUACGAGUAAUUAUUUUUUAUCAAAAAAAAGAAAGCAACAUUUUAUUUCAUAAAAUUUUUAUAUUGAUGUCCAUUUUUGAUAUAAGUAAUCAGCAAAUAAACAAUUAAAAAUAUUAUUAGUUAAGGUUUUAAGGUGAAAAAAAUUAAUAACUUUUAUGUGAUAGAAUUUAAGAUUUUUCAAUCCAAAUAAUGCAUGAGAUUUUUGGAAUAUUUAAAAAUUUUUUUGUUUAAAUUUACGGGAUUUAUUGUUUUUUUGUUCAAUUUAUAAUUUAUGAUUUUUCAAUUGGUAUAUUCAUAAAAAUUAAAUAUUUAAAAGUAGUUUUUUUUUUGUUUCUUUCUCUAUUACAUAAAUAAAACCAGAUAUUUCUUUUUCUUUUGAAAAUCAUGUAUUUUACCAUUGGUUUUUGAAAAUUAUAAAAUUUAUUUCGAUAAUUUAUUUAUCGUUUAAUAAAUAAAUUGUUGUUAUUUUUAGUUAUCAAAAUUAAUAUUACAUUUAUUUUUCUAUAAUUAAAUCCUAAGGCAGAAAUUCAAAGUACAUUUCAACUUAUCCAAAAAUACAGUAAAUGAAUUAUUUUAAAAGUUUAUAAUUUAUUUAUAAAUAAAAAAUACAGAUUAUAAUCGUUUGUUUAAACCACAAGUUGAUAAUAAAUGUAUUCAUAAUAAUUGUCAUGAAUUUUUCAUUUUCUACUUUGAAUGAUGAAUAUUUCAAAAAACUGAUUUAUGAAUUUAUUUAUUAUUAAACAAAUAAAAAAUAAAUUCAACAAUUAAAUAAAAA